AAAGCCAUGGUUAUGAGAAUGUAUUGAUACAUGGCAGGGAAAAGUGUUCCAUUCCUUUUAGAGGUGUGAAUGACAAAUUUACGUAUGUUUCACAUCUGAUGAAAUCAAACAAAAAAUAUAUUAGAACACUUGGUUCGUUACUUCAAGAAUCAGUUGACUAUUGUUUUGUUUCUGAUAAAUGUUUCGACAAUAGUGAAUUGCUUGUGAAUUUUGAGGACAAUUUGAGAAUUCAAAGGGAAGAGUUUUAUACUCUAGGGGAUCCCUCAAAGUGUACUCAUGUUUCUGUUGUGGAUUGUUGGUGUUUAUUACUCAAUGAAAAUGAAAAGAACAAAGAAUCUUCCAAAAAGUUCUUUUUUAAUGCUAGUUCUAGUCUUGCUUUGUUGGAUUUUAAUAAUAGUGGUGGUUCUCAACAAAUUGAUUUAAUUUAUGAUUCUUGGGUCAAAUGGGUGGAUUUCAACCAAGUUGAUUUGUCUAAGUUUGAUCUGAUUGUUGUUCCGAUACUGAAGGGCAGUCAGUACUUCUUACUUCUUUUGAAUAUGAAGUUAAGAAUAGUGCAAUGGAUUGACAAUGUGAACCAUACUGCUAUUUCAGAAGAAGAAAUUAGAAAGCUAGGUGACACUAUGAAAGAUUUGCUGUCAACAAUUUUUGAUGAUAAGAUGCAAGCUACUGAUGUUAUUCCAUUAUGGAAAAUGGAACGAGUUCCCACUGAUUGGAAAACGACUGUUAGGACUAACAUUGAAAGUGAUGUAUUCAUGAUGAUGAGCAUGCUGUUUUUUGAGGGAACAGUUGAUUUCCAGUGUCCAAUAUUGAAUGCAGCUCCAUUGAGACAUGUUGCAAGAGCUAAGAUUGCUGGAUCUUUGGUGUUAUCUGAUUUGAACAAACAAAGAUCUAAAGUUUUAGAAGAGGUGUCCAAUUUUAAGGAUAAAAGACGCUCCAUUGCCAAACAAGUUUCUAUCAGAAGAUUAAAGAUUCGUUAAUGUGAAGUACAAGAUGAAGUUGUGAAGUUUUUAGUUGUACAAACAUUUGAUGGAACAUAGUAGAUAAUCUAAUUACUAUAGUUACUAGAUAAUCUAAUUACUAGAUAAUCUAAUUACUGUAAUAAUGUGAAGUUUUUUCAUGAAUAUUUGUAUAGUAUUGGUGUCAAAAAUCCGAUUUUGU